GAUGGCGUUGAGAGAGCUGUCAUCGCUGGAAAAAUCUUUAGGAUUGAAAAAUCCUAACAAAUACUGUACUCAGGGGGACAAGAAGGUGAAUUUGCCAUCCAAUGGUUUCGGUCACAGUUAUCUAUAUGUGCCAGGUACCCGUGCUCCACAGUAAUAAUGGCCCAUCUCUGGUCGGCUUGGUGACCAUCGCCACUCACCUAGUCCAAGAGGCCAAACGGCCCGAGUUACUGGGUGGGUCAGCAGAACACAAGGCUUUAGUGCAGCAGUGGCUGGAGUACAGGCUCACCAAAGUGGAUGGAUGCCACAAAGACGAUAUCAAGACCAUACUGAAGGACCUCAACAGCUAUCUAGAAGACAAGGUUUACUUGGCAGGAAAUCAGUUCACCCUCGCCGACACACUCAUGUACUACGGAAUCCAUCACAUCAUCGUGGACCUGGCCAUCCAGGAGAAGGAGAAGCACAUGAAUGUGACACGGUGGUUUGACCACGUCCAGCACUACACCGGUGUCCGGCACCACCUACCCCCAGUGGUGGUCCUGAGGAACAGAGUGUACACCAGCGGCCACCACUGAGGUCUUAGGCUGGCUGCCAGGAUGUUCGAGGGCCGGCGUGAGGAGUACACAGGCGUGUGCUGACGUCUCAACAUACCUAACACCACUGUGGGCCCCCUCCCUCCGUUGCCUUGGAGACAUGCGGUUAUUUUUUUCCCUCUGAAACCCCAGGCGAAUAACACAUGCAAUGGAGAAAAUGAUCACAAAGAAGACGGAUGGUUUGUUUUUGUGUGAGUUGGUUGUUGGGAGUCUAUAGUCGUCAGGGUCAAUGUGCAGGGAUGCCUCUUUUUCUCGUAACCUGAGCCUUGAAUGUGAUAAAGUAUUAUUAAAAAUUACAAAUGACUUAUUCGUUUUACUAUGUCCCUUUUAAAGAAAUCCCUGCUAUUGCGUUUUUCAAUGUAUUAACAUUUUCUUCAAACAAAACAAAAUAUGUCCAGUCCGCCCGACUGUGUGUUCAACUAUGUAAUCAUCAUCCUCCACAGUUGUCCAGUCCACUAUCAACUUUCCGCCCUCAUGAAUUUAGUCUUGUUUCUCAAGCUGCUGCCUCUGCUGUUCCACCAGCAGUGUGGGCAGCAGCCUCUAGCUCAGUCACUCGAAUCAGUCCGUGUGUUGACGCUGAGGGGGCAGAGGGCACACUACCAGCUGCCAUAGAGGCUCCAGUGCUCCUCUGUCCAACGUCAGAGCCCUGGGUGACAGCCACGCAUUGUCAUUUCACCCUCUUACCAGGGGGCGGGAAAUCCUUUUGUGACAACAUCCGAGCGACAAUACACAGUCAAACCACUCACACAAGCAGACUGGAUUUAGCCAUUAGCUCUGAAAAUCACAGCUAAUAUACACUACAUGAUCAAAAGUAUGUGGACA